CAUUCCUUCCCCGCUCUGACCCUCUCCUAUUAUUUCUUUUAUUUACUUUUGCUAUAUCAAAGACUAGAAGAGGAGGGGAAAAAGAAGAUGCCUUUUUUACCUCCUCCCAAGCCUUCCACCCAACCCAAAAGGGUCACCGGAGGCGGAAGCGCCGAGCAGCGGUGCACGGCGCACGCGCUGCCAGAGGCGGUGGCGAAGUACCACGAGCACGCGGUGGGGCGGAAGCAGUGCUGCUCGGCGGUGGUGCAGGAGGUGGCUGCCCCGGUGGCGGUGGUGUGGUCGGUGGUGCGCCGCUUCGACAAGCCACAGGCCUACAAGCGCUUCGUGAAGAGCUGCCGCGUCGUGGUCGGCGACGGCGGUGUGGGCACGCUCCGGGAGGUGCGUGUCGUGUCGGGACUGCCGGCGACAACCAGCACCGAGCGGCUCGAGAUCCUGGACGACGAGCACCACGUGCUCAGCUUCCGGGUGGUCGGCGGCGAGCACCGUCUCGCGAACUACCGGUCCGUCACCACCAUCCACCCCGCGCCGGAACCCGUCGGCCACGCCAUGGUCGUGGAGUCGUACGUGGUGGACGUGCCGCCGGGGAACACCAGGGAUGACACCCGGGUCUUCGUCGACACCAUCGUCAGGUGCAACCUCCAGUCCCUGGCGCGCACCGCCGAAGCCCUCUAACGGCACCGCCCUCAGGGGGGGGGGGAACCCGUAAUUACGUCAUAAGCCCAUGGAGUGUUUCGUCUCUGUGCUCAUUAUUUACUCGUUUCUUGUUUUUGUUUUUUUAAUGUAGGAAAAAAGUUGUAAGAGUCUAA